AUGGUCGGCACUGAUGCAGACAUCGGAACGAGUUCCCCAGAAACAGAUUCGUCAACCUACGAGUUGAGGCGAGCCCAAGAGCUGAAUGCUCAGCUCGGGCCCAAAGGAAGUGAAGAGGCCGUGGAUCUGGUCUGCGACCUCCACAACACCACUUCCAACAUGGGCCUGUGCAUCAUAUUAUACUCCUCAGACUGGCUCAUCCUGCACAUUUACAAAUACUUGCAGAGCAAGAUAACCUCAGUGCCUGUGAGAGCCAUCCAAAUAGAUUUACCUCGCUCUCAGGCGUAUUCCUUAGAUUCCCUCGGCAAACAUGGCUUCUCAAUCGAGGUGGGUCCUCAACCCCACGGCGUCCUCAGAGCAGACAUCUUUAACGCGAUGAAAGAGGCAGUGGAUCUCACUAUAGAAUGGCUGCAGCAGUUCAACUCUGGGAAAACCUUUGAAGGAGGAGAAGUAGAAACAUAUACUGCAGACAAGAAACUUGACUACCCGAGGGAUCCUACGACCAAUGAGAUCACUGCCGCCAUCCACCCGCAGCUACAGGAUAAUGACUUCAAGCUGCUGCGACCUGGCGACCCCAUUUUCCUGUCAUUUUCUGGGGAGACGGUGAGGCACGAGGGAGAGGAACUCUACCCGUUCUUCGUCAACGAAGAUGACCUCGACAAAAUCCAACACAACAUUACCACAAAACGUGACGCGGUGCAUCAUCACUAUGAGCCACUCGUACGCAACCAAACCUCCACUUCAGAUAUCGUUGGUAAAAUGGACACCUGCUCUGCUCUGACCGAAGAAAUCCUUGCUCUUGUGAGUAAUCGCAGAGACAUCAUCGAUAGCAACUAUAACGAACGAAUUGAGAAGGAGAGAGUGAGAAUAGUGCUGACUCUAGCAAACGACAAGAUGCAGAAGCAGAACUCGCAGCCAAGCAAGCGGAGGUAA